GCAGCGCUCCCCCCAGAGAUCGCCGUGCAGAUCAUCCUGUACGCAGACACAGACACGCUCCUCACGCUCCGGCGCACCUGCAAAGCAUUCCGCGACCUGGUCCAGGAGGAGGUUGUCGCGCGCUGCCGGCAGACGGUCAUUCCUCCGCAGGUGACCUACGACGCGAUGAUCGUCGCCAACCAACAUGGAACCCGGCGGAGCAGUCGGUAUCUAUGGCAUGAGAACCCGUGCCCGACCGCUGCUGCACAUCGCCGCCUUCUACUCCCAGGUCUCCGUGGCCCGGCUGCUGCUGCAACGCGGGGCCGACAUCUUCGCCACUGCGCGGGUCAAUCGCAACACGGCGCUGGACUUCGCGGUGUGCCCUGAGCUCAGCCACGAAGAGUUCGGGCAGCCUCUGGGCUAUGGGAUCCGGGCACCUGCGCGGGAUGCGAUGGUGAGUCUGCUUCUCUCCGAAGGGGCACGCUACGCCACAAACGCCGGGCCCGGGGCCCUGCCCUACCUGUGUGGGAUGCCGAACUACAUCCACCUGCUUCGACAAGCGUACCAUAAUGGCACCUACCCCAGCGAUGAGGCCAUCGCGCAUCAGCUGCUCCAAUGUGAUCUGAUGCCCGGGCUGGUCCCGUCCGUGGUUGCCGCCUUGCCGGAGGUACUGGACCCGGUGAUCGUGACAGCAUCUGGCAGGUCGGCGAUCGAAGUCGCCUUGAUGCUUGGGCACAUGGAGCUCGCCCUGGCGCUGAUCAACUGCGGGUUCCCCUUGAAUCUGGGGCUCAACGACGACCAGUACCCAGAGCUCGCGUACCCGUUGGACAACCUUCAACGCAAUAACUUCCUCACGUAUGCCUGGGACCGACAGAUUGCCAUGGCGCUGCUGGCGCGGCCACAGCUCCAGGCGGCGGGGUUCGACCCGUGGAUCAUUCAGACCGGCCGCUUGCAGCGCCUGAUCCUGGAUGAGCCUCUGAACUACCAUAUCCGCACGCGCAACUGGCCCAUGGUCAACCAGAUGCUGCGGAUGGGCUGGGGCAAUGUCCGUGGCUCUACCGGCUCUGCCGGCUCUGCCGAGGAGCUUCCAUGAGUGUGGGACUUUGUCAGACUGCACGAGAUUGUGAUUACUUGUAGCUCUUGCUUGUGACAGUUGUUUCUCAAACCAAACAUCUUACCUGACGCAGGACCAGCGCACCAAC